GAAAAAGAAUUGACCUUUGAGUGCUAAACAGCAGGUGGAGAGCUAAAAACCAGGCAGCUCAGGACUCUUCGUGAGGAACGUUAGGAAAAAUGAAAGUGUCAUUGUUUUCGACAAACAUGGCCCAUCUGGCUCGGCUUUGAGCGCAAACACGCACAUGAGAGUUUGUUUGCAAAGCGGCGGGAAGGUAAGGCGUCAGAGUAAUGGAGGGCGAGGAGAAGGCCGGGCCGGCUAUGGCGAGACACAGCCGUCUAACGGCCCUUCAGGAGCAGCUGGUCUGGGCCCUGCUAGAGUCGGGCCUGUCCAGGGAGGUCCUGAUCCACGCCGUGGGCGAGCUGGAGCACGACAGGGCCAACGGCAACGAAAAAGGGGAGAGGGGCGACGGGGAGAGCUCAGAGGAGGGAGAGAUGGAUUACCCGCCGCAGAUAUUCCGAGAUUUGGACAAGCUUCCGCCAGAGGAGGCGUCCAAACUGAGGGCUGAAGUGGAGCGGCUCCUGCAAGAGGACCCCUGGCAUGUUGCAAAAAUGGUGAAAAGCUACAUGCAGCAGCACAAUCUGCCUCAGAGAGAAGUGGUAGAGUCUACAGGACUGAACCAGUCGCACCUCUCCCAGCAUCUCAACAAAGGCACGCCGAUGAAGAACCAGAAGAGAGCCGCACUGUACAGUUGGUACGUCAAGAAGCAGUGUGAAAUCAGCCAACAGUUCACCAAUGCCAAACAUGGCUUCAUGUCCGUGGAGGAGACUGGCGAAGACACCAGGAAGGGUCGGAGGAACAGGUUCAAAUGGGGACCAGCAUCCCUGCAGAUCCUUUUCCAUGCAUACGAACGACAGAAAAACCCCAGCAAGGAGGAGAGGGAAGGCUUGGUGGAGGAGUGUAACAGGGCAGAGUGUCUGCAGAGGGGGGUGUCCCCCUCCCAGCUUGCAGGCCUGGGCUCCAACCUGGUCACUGAAGUUAGGGUCUACAACUGGUUUGCCAACCGCCGAAAAGAGGAAGCCUUCCGGCACAAGCUGGCUCUUGACACGCCUUACACCGGCCAACCUGUUUCUUCGUCCAACCCCAACCUUCCUUCAAGUCCAGAGCUCAGUGUCAAAUACAGCCAUCAAAUCCCAUGUGACACCUUGAAUUCAGUCAGAGGUACUGGAGGUGAAAGUGUUGGCCGCCUUGGAGUGAGUCCUGUCCAACUGGAGCCUAGCCACACACUCCUUGAGAGCCACCAACCCAAACUGGUAUCUAGUGGAGGACCACUGCCCCCUGUAAGCACUCUGACCUCACUGCACAAUAUGUCCUCCUCCCCUGCAUCAUCGCAAGGCCUCAUCAUGGCCUCCUUGCCCAGCGUCAUGAGCUUAGGAGAAUCCUCCCUUCUCAUUGGUCUGGCCUCAGCACAACCUCAAACCGUACCAGUCAUCAACAACAUGGGAGGCGGGUUCACCACUCUGCAGCCAAUCUCCUUCCAACAGCAGCUCCAUGCCCCUGGCCAGCAGCUGAUGCCUCAGCAGCUCCAGAGUCACAUGGGUGCCGGUUCUUAUUUGCUACCAAGUCACAUGUAUAACAAGAUGGAUUCGCUUCAGUACCCUUCAUCCAGUCUGCUGUCUCAGGCCAUGGUCAUUACGGACAGCCUGGGGACAUUGACCAGCCUCACAUCCAUCAGACAGAUUCUAUCAACAGAUCCUGAGGAACAGACAGACCCUUCAUUGCAGGACAAUUCUUUGCACCUGCAGCCCCAAACACCUGUACCAGCAGCAUCAAGCCAGAGCCCAGAGCUGUAUCCUGCCUCCCAAACAGAGAGCCACCAGUCGCACCUCUUGUCGCCUUCACCAGCAGACAUUAGCUCCUACAUUCCUACACAAAUGGUCUCCACUGCACAGUAGGCGAGCUCCAGCAACCCUUUUUGGUGGCCUCUGACUUAACUGCAGCCAGUUCUGAUGAAGCCACAAGAAGAUAAAAGGUUUAUAAGUGAAUAACAUGAACAAGGAUCACCGUUGGAAAUUAUUUGGUUUUUUUUAUACAAACAGAAAAUGAAUGAAAGAAAUUACAUCAGAACAUAUUUAAAUACUUUUUUGUAACCUUGGCAAAUUGUAUUUUCACUUAGAACUUGUAAACUCAACAUGAGCUAUUUCUAACAUUGUUUUUGUGAAAUGUAUACAAAAUAGUAUUAAAGGGCUUGUAAUGACA